GUCCUGGUCUAUGUCACCGCGACACCCGAGCCACUCGUCGCGGUGGACAUUGUCGCCAGCUGCUUGCUGUUGCAAUGCACUGUAAUGCAAGGCCAACUCGACCAACUCGACGUUAUCGCGCGCCGGUCGAAGCUGGGUCGAAGCCAUCGUCUGACGCAGAAGAGCCAUCGACGAUCUAUUGCUGAGCAGAGCCUCUCGGUUGGCCGCUACGAACAAUCAAGGCCAGCUUGAGCGUGUGAGGUCACGACUGACAGUAGCAGCAGCUACGCAGCAGUGCCAAGCGCAGACUGCAAUGUGGCGAGAGCUCGAACCGAGGUCAUGACGACCACUGUAUCCGGAUUCCGGUUGUGUUGAGCUUCCCGGGCUUUUUCCGCACCUUAACCGAACAGCUACGUUAAGUGCGUUGCUGGUGGCAUGGCCGAGGACACCCGCGCCCGCGUGGCCGCGCUGCUGGCCUCGCCGCCGUCGGACGACGUCGACAUGGACGCCGUAGUUCGCACCGUCAUGGAGGCCAUCGAUAGCGGCUACGAGAUGGUUCCGCUAAGCGACCUGGCCCGUGUCGCGACCAAGGAGCUCCGCAUGCCUGCCUUGGGAUGGCGCUUGACGAGCGGGUGCUGCUCAUCGGAUACGCUCGCAAGCUGUACGUGCGUCUUUGCGAGCGAACCUGCCCACGUGCUGGUGGCCCCCAACGUUAGCGGGAACGCCUUCCUGCUUGGGUACCUCGAGUCGCGCCACAACCAGCUCUGCCUCCAGGACGCUAGCGCUCGUCUGCGCGUGACUUUGGCCACGCUCGAUCCCAAUGCGCUCGGGCAGUGCGUGCUGGUCACGGCGUGGACAUAUGUCCACACAAGCCUGCAAGGUCACAUCGACGUCACCGCGUACACGAUCGUGCCGCGCAAGGCGCCACCGGCGUGGCAGUCGCCACGCUUUGACUGGGACGACCUCUUUCAUCGGUGCUACCCGCGCCAGAUGCCACCAACGUACGGCGGCCCUGCGCCGCUAGCGACAGCGCUCGCCGCCACGUCCGACGUCGGCACUGCUAAAGGGCGCUCGUACAUGGUUCGUGGGCGUCUCAAGGCGUUUUCGCCCGUCCUCAAGUCGUACUUCUUCGCUGAGAUCGAGUGUGCGCACGUCGGUGCCCGGCAGUCGGCAUCGGUGCUUGUGACGGGCGACGCGGUCCAUGUGCAUCCGUGCUUGGUGCCCGGGAUGGACCUUGUCAUCACGGACACGAUCAAGAUUUUUGCCAAGGAGCACGGUCUCUACAUGCUGCAGACGACGCCGACGUCUUUUGUGUGGCGACUGCCACCGAUCCCGACGUCGUUGCCGCCACUCGAGGUUGCCACAACCGUUCUCGACUCGGACGUCGGCAGCAGUCGCCAUGUCCGCGGCGUCAUCACGCGGUACCUCGGCCCCGACACGUUGGAGCUCAGCCACCGAUACACACUCCAGUGCAUGCACUUUCCACCACUGUGCGCGCUUCGCGUCGGGGCCACCGUUGUCGUGUACAAUGCCCACGUGACGGCACCAGGAACGCUCGGUCUCUGCGCGAGGAGCACGCUCCUCGUCGAUGGCGUCUCGGCAGCGCCCACGCGGCUCUUGCAGCCGACCGUAUACCUCAAAAAGUCGUCGCUCGCAUUGCACCAACUGCCGCUGACGACGGUCGCAGCACUGACCAAGCUCCUCACACAAUUGUUGGACAAGUUUGGUGGUCGUCGGCCCGCGUCCGAGGUGUUGUUGCCGCCGGCGUGGCACCUCUUGGCGUUGGCCAAAGGCGACCCCGCCGUGUGGCGCAAGCGCGAGCUCUUGCGCGCCGUUGCUGCGCGCCAAGGCAUUGAAUGGACGGCAGCCCUCCCGACGCUUGCCGCGUCCUUUUUACAGCACGAGAUAGAUUGCUUCAGCAGCCGUGCACCUGCUCGACCACUGCGCACCGCCAUCAGCAUCGCUGACCUCGUUGAGGUGGCGCUGACGGCCCAACGCGACGUGCUCUCGUCCGACGUCGACGAUGUCCUGGCACCGUUCCUCGCACUUGGGUGCGUCACGGGGUGUGCAGCCACGGCGUCAUGUGCAUUUGCCGACCGCACAGGAUCGAUCCCGCUCGUGCUCUUGCAGUCUUCUCCACCGACGACGCAUGUCUCGAUAGCGACGCUCUACCAACUUCGCAAGUACCAACUGUGCGUGCACCGCGUCGGUGGUGGCGGGGUCGGGACACCCGGGCUCUUUGUCCGGGAUGACGUGACGUACGCCGUCCAUCUCGCGGUCGCGGUCGAGGACCUACUGCCAUUGACGCCCAACGACAACGACAACGACGCCAGCGCACCGAUACCGUCACCGCUGCUACUGCUUGUCGAGCACGUUCAAAUCAUCCACGACACUGGUCACCUCGUGCAUGGAGUCGACGUUUCGACGCCGUCACACCCGCGCAUGGUCGACGUCCUUGUCCCAAAGUUGCCGUGGCACCUCGGUGCCCGGGGCGCCGUGUGGCAACUGGACCGUGCGACGCUCACGAAAAGCCGCGAGGUGGCGUUCACUCUCCCAGCGGCCCGGGGUGCACUCGAGUUGCAUCGUGUUGUGGCGCAGCUACCAAGCUACUUGGUGAGCCUCUCGGACGACGACGCGCUGGCCGUCGACGCGGUGCUGGCUGCCCUCGCUCAACGUCCGAAUGAAGUGCUCUCUCUCGUGACGUACCACGCGUCACCAUUCACAGCGAUCCACGGCGUUCGCCUUGAGGGUGCACAUAUGGCCAAGUCGGACGCGAAUACCCUUCCUUCGACACUCACGGUGGCCACCAAGAUGCUACCCGCGCGACAGUGGCGUGAGAUCCAGCUCCUCUAUGGUCUCUUGGCGUCGUUCGAGCCGACGCGGUAUCCCAAAGAGUUCUGCGUCGUGCCGCUCGUGCAUCAGCCGAGCAACGCGCCCAUCACCGAGUACCUCGCGCUGCCCAGCGCGCACAAGGACGUGAUUGUGACGCUGCUCGGACGCGUUGUCUCGGUGCAAAUGACGUACCACAAGGACGUGCUUCGGGGCCAGGACGAUGCGCUCAUCCGCGUUCAUUUGCAAGACCUUACGUCGCGCGACGUGGUCGACAUUACGUGGAACGUCGGGCGCCACGCGUACCCGUCCGGCCUGUGCCCGGGCGCGGUCGUGACGUUUUCCCGCAUCAAGAUGCACAUUCGCCGGCUCUCGUUCAAGCCGUACUUUGCCAUGCUGCACACGACGCGUGUGGCAGUAGUGCAUUCGACCGAAGUGCCGUCCGCGCCGCCCGUACCGCGCAAGCUGCUCUUGGAGCUCUACCAAGUCGCUGUCGCCGAUCGACGCUACUACGAGCACAUUGGGACUGUCUGUCACAUCUCGUAUGCGACGCUGAAGCUGCAAUGCGCGCGGUGUCACCGCGUCGUUGUCCGGGACAGCCACGGGUCGUUGCGCCACGCCCAAGAAGAUUUGGCGCCGUGCCCGAGUCUGGUGCGUGAUGUCGUCGUACUAUGCAGCACCCGGUGUCUGGUCGACGACGGCACGGCCCAAGUUGAAGUCUAUGCGUCGGGCGACGUGGCGUGGCACCUGCUCCAUGUGUCGGGACCGUCACGGACAACCCAUGAAGCGACGGUCGUCGCGCUUGGCACGGAGCUCGCCUUCUUUAGCAACACGACGCCAGGCCUCUUUGACGCACCGUCGCCACAGAUGCAAUUUCAUAUCGACGCGUGGCGCGCCUGUGUUCUCAACGCCGCCAGUCAGCGCACGCAAAUCGUCUUGCACGCCAAGCGGUUUUACGCCAAGCUCAAGCCGGCGCACGACCUCUCAGUGUUGCGCUGCGGCGAAUUCGAGCUGCGGACGCCCGUGCAGCCCAUGGUGCAGCUCGAGGCGAUGGCGGUGCAUGACCUCCAUGUGCGCUACGAGUGGUGGAGCAUCCAGCAGGACUUGCAGGCGCUGCAGAUUGCUUUCUAGUCAAGGCAAGUUGGCCGCUUCAUCGUCCGCACUUUCUAAAACAGUAACCAUUUAACCACUAGACUAGGGUUAACCUCGUG